AUGCCCCGACACUCCGUGGCUCCUUCCAAACAACCUGGACCCUGGUCGCAAACAGCUUUAAGGAAAGAGCAGCCUGACACCAGGUUCCUCUCCACUGGCUACGUCUCGAGUCAGAGCGCUGGCCUGGCCUGCCUGGCCUGGAGGAAGGAGCGCCCGGUGCCGAGUGAGUACCGGGAAGAUCGACACGAAGCCUGCGCUCACUCAACUGUUCAGGCCAUUCCGCGCCCCAAAGGAACUCCAUCAAAGGCGAACGGCUGGUGGGCCGUAUCUCAGACGGCCCAGUGCAUACUCGAAGUCCUCACUCGCCCUCGCCUUCCGUCGUCACAGGCCCGGUGCCUGCAACUCCUGCAGCGACUCUGUUUUGCAUCCAAUGCUAUGUAA